AUGCUCAACAAGCGAAAAUAAUUAAUAGCUGGAUUCAACUAGGAUUUAGUAGAGGAUAUUGAAGAGAAUACUAACUUUCUGGUUGCUAAAAGAAAAAACAGAAUCCGUAAAGGUAAAAGUCUGAAGGAUAAAUAUCUCUAUCAUACUAUUGGAGAUGGAUUUGUCAAGGGUGGGAUCAUUAUAGAUGGAUCUGAAUAAUAAGAAUAAAUAUCCUUGAAUAAUACUAAUAUGAACAUGAACAAAACUCUUUAGAUUUCAGAAACAAUCUCUAAUCAUAUGUACAAUUAGUAAGAUGGUAAAAAUGUGAUAUUAAACAAUACGAUUGGUGAUGAAUAGCAUAAUACAUAAAAUAGUGCUAUGGUUAGAAGAAAUAGCUCUUCUUUAAACUAUAGACGACCUUCCACAGCUCACAGGGAAGAUUCAUUCAUUUACUAGUCAAAAGCUCCAAGGAUUCAAUUUAACAAGAAAAUUCAGCAGUAAUAGGAUGAUAUUAUUGCUUAGCUUAAUCAGUAGCCGUAGACCAUUUAGUAGCCUCUCUAAGAUGAAAAUUUAAAAAGUAGAAAUAUUUAGACAUCCUAAGGGUUUAGAGCAACGAGCUAAAUAAAUCAGAAUGUUUCUACUAUGUCAACUUAAUAGAAAAUGCCUUUGUCGUAAAGAGGUAUUCCUAUUAGAGGCUUUAAUAAUACUUUUGGUACAGUUAAGGGACCUUAAAAGAAUUUAAAUAACAAUGAAUUUAUUGCAAUGAUAAAAAAUAGAGGAGAAUAUAGAAGAGAUAAAAUGGUAAAGAAGCUGACCAAUCAAUUCAUUCACUCUGUAUAACCAAUGAAAGAUGAGAAUUAGUAAAAUAAACAAGCACUGCUAUUUCCAAUUACUAGAUCAAUAGUAACUUGCAAUAAAUCAGCAACUAAGCAAAGAGAUAUCAAGUUAGAAUUAGAUAAGGAUCCUGGUAGCCCUUUCUGCCAUCCAAUGUAAAAAUAUCAAAGCAGGCCAUAAUCACAGAAUGCUUUUGCAAGACCUUCUUAUGCAAGAAGAGAAAGUAUGAAAUAUAUGGGUAGUGCAUAGAUUGAAAUUCACAAAGUUUCUAAGUUUGCUGCUUAAACUUGA